AUGCAGACGAUUGAGGAUUUUUACAAGCCGGGCGAGCGGCAGACGAAGUUUUGCUAUGCGGAUGCCUCGAACCACAAGGGCGCGUCCAAUAUAGUCAAACAUUGCGCGCAAUUUGGCGAGGUUAAUUUCGAUUCGGCCGUCCUGCAGGAAAAGCAGGAGCGCGAAUUUGCCCCCGAAAUUGAGCAGGAACGGCAGAUUAAACGCCCACGAUUUGCAAAGCCGGCCACGCACCGACUCGACCCCGUCGUCGUCGAUUUUGCCAAGACGGGAAUUUUGCCGGCCGGGUUUGCGUUUUUUAAACCUGCUUUCGAAUCGUUGGAGCUCCUUAUUGCGGCCAAACUUAUCCCCAAAUUGAGCGAGUUUUCGCAAAAUGUGCUGUGGGUUCUGACCAGCACGGGUGGAGACCACAGGUCCGGCACUGUAAAGCACCUCGUUAUCGUCAGUCCCUUUGAGGCGCAGAAUUUGCUGGACACUGUUAGGCACAACGCCAAAACCAUUUUGCAUUUAUAUGCGCCGCGCUCAAAACUUGGGUUUGAAAGCCUUAAAAAUCUUCGCCUGUACCCCACGCCUGCCCUCCCAACCGAGUGGUCCAUACCUAGGCAUUUAAUCCUCCAGCUGAACCUUUUUGCCGGCCAGUUCUACAUCUCGUCCUUUGCCGACUACACGGCCCUUUGCGACAUACUGGGGCUGGACUGGGAGGGCGGCGGGAAGGACGGCCUGGUGGUCUGCGCAAACGGCUUUAUCGACCCGGCGCUGAACCCCGGAAAAAGCCUCAAACAUUCGUUCGAGCACAGCCCCGUCGGUUUCCUUAAGGUGUACCUGACAAAGGUCCGCCGCGACUGCGAGUCGAUCGAAAAGACGCAUAUGGGCAAGAUCCUGAAUGCCGUCAUCCUUCGACCCGAGGACUUUUAG